AAUCCAUAUAAUGUAAAGACAAUAAUAUGUUUUUGAAGAUGGCAGUAUAUAUUAAGGCUAAUGGUUAAACAAUAAAUAGAAUGGUGAAGGGAAAUAAGUAUAUCCUGAUGGGAGUACUUAUGAAGGCUAUUGGAGUAAUGGAAUGAAAAAUGGGAAAGGAAUUUAUUAAUAUUCUGAUGGUAGUUAAUAUUUUGGUAUGUGGAAGGAUGAUUAAAAACAUGGUUAAGGGAAAUACAAAUAUAAAGAUGGUAGUUAUUAUGAUGGAUAAUGGCAAAGUAAUGCUUAGUAAGGAUAAGGAAAGUUUGUUAAUACUGAUAAUAGUUAAUAUGAAGGAUAAUGGUUGAAUGGAAAGAAACAUGGAGUUGGCAGAUAUUAUUAUUUGGAUGGAAGUGUUUAUGAAGGAAAAUGGGAAAAUGGAUAAAAAAAUGGUUUAGGAAAAAUGUAAUACAAAAAUGGGAGUUUUUAUAAAGGAAUGUGGAAAAAUGAUUAAAAGAAUGGCAAAGGAUUUUACAAAUAAUAAGAUAGGAGUUGUUAUGAAGGAGAAUGGUUAAAUAAUAAAUAAAAUGGUGUUGGUAAAUAAACUUAUUAAGAUGGAAGUAUUUAUGAAGGUGAAUGGUAUAAUGCUUAGAAAAAUGGAAAUGGAAAAUAUAAAUAUCCUGAUGGUAGUUACUAUUCAGGAUAAUGGAAGGAUGGAUUAAAACAUGGUUUUGGAAAAUAUAAAUUUACUGAUGGAAGUUCAUAUGAAGGAGAAUGGGAAAAUAAUUAAUAACAUGGUUAAGGAAUCUUUAUUUAAUAAGGAGUAUAUAAAAAAGGUAUUUGGAUAGAUGGAAUAUUAACUGAUAUAAUUAGUUGUGAUAAAUCUAGAAAUAGCAUUGAAAUUUGA